GUGGUUUUGUAACUCACAGUACGUCCUGCGUCAUCACGUUAAGGCGGAAGUGAACACGUGGGGUGGAAGGGAGUCACCACGCAUGCUGUACGGCCACGAACCUUACUCAGGAUCUGAAGUUCACCCUCCUCUUCUUCAUCAUGGCCGUGAGAGCAUCGUUUGAGAAAAACAACGAGAUCGGCUGCUUCGCCAAGCUGACCAACACCUACUGCCUGGUGGCGAUUGGCGGUUCAGAGAACUUCUACAGUGUGUUUGAGGGGGAGCUGUCAGAGACCAUCCCAGUGGUUCACGCCUCCAUCGCAGGCUGCCGCAUCAUAGGGAGGAUGUGUGUGGGGAAUCGUCACGGCCUUCUGGUGCCCAGCAACACGACAGACCAGGAGCUGCAGCAUAUCAGAAACUGCCUGCCAGACUCAGUGAGGAUCCAGAGAGUCGAGGAGAGGCUGUCUGCCCUCGGAAACGUCAUCACCUGCAACGACUAUGUGGCGCUGGUCCACCCCGACCUGGACAGAGAGACGGAGGAGAUCCUCGCGGACACUCUGAAGGUGGAGGUCUUCCGUCAGACCGUCGCAGAGCAGGUCCUGGUCGGUUCGUACUGCGCGUUCAGCAACCAGGGAGGCCUCGUCCACCCGAAGACGUCCAUAGAAGACCAGGACGAGCUGUCGUCACUGCUGCAGGUCCCCCUGGUGGCCGGCACGGUGAACCGGGGCAGCGAGGUGAUCGCGGCGGGGAUGGUGGUCAACGACUGGUGCGCGUUCUGCGGCCUGGACACCACCAGCACCGAGCUGUCGGUCAUCGAGAGCGUCUUCAGACUCAGCGACGCAGCGCAGCCCUCCGCCAUCGCCACCAGCAUGAGGGACUCGCUGAUCGACAGCAUGGCGUAAGCCGCCGUCGCACUUUCCUGCCUCUGAAGAGCUUCGGCUGCCGGUCGUCGGGUCUCACACACGAAGCCAACAACCUGCUGGACCUCGUUUCUUAACUCCAAACGCCUCCUCCCACACUGCACAGCCCCCGCCUGCAGCCACGUUUCAGUCAUCAUCUUCUACAUUUUUAGCAAUUGUUUCAGUCCUUCUAAAUGUCCGUUUUCUGAUCCUUACAUGUGAUCCUGUGGUGAUCAGGCUGCAGGAAACACGAAGAAAUACAUGCAAGACAUACAUGAAAUACAUCCAAGCUGAGGAAUCUGUUGCUCUGUGGCACUAACAGGAGUACGCUCUUAACCAAACAGGCUGAAUUGUUUUCUCCGAGUUUGGACCGGGACUGUGCCGAAAACAAUCACAAAUCACUCGUAUCCCUGUGCCCUUGUUGUUAGAUAAAAAUGUGUUUAAACUCGUUUGGGUUCUGCCUGUAGUUCUUCACCCUGAUGGGAGCACAGUCGCCUCCCUAACAGCUUGAGGCAAACCAGCGAGACCUGCUGUGGUUCCCAUCGACCGGAGCUGAAUGGCCAUCGCAGACGCUUUUCUGAUGCUUGAAGGAUGUAAUGCAGCUGUUAAUGAAACUGUAAGAGACAAGGACCCCCCGUUAGUCUGAGAGGAAGGUUUAAGAGUGUGAGUGAGUUUCCCUUCUGUGGCCUGAAAUCACUGAAUCUGUGCGAUUGUGUUUGAAAAGUGAUUUCAGUCUCGGUGGCGUCGCUUGCAGAACAGAUGAAUGAAGUGAGACGGAUUCAGAUGUGGACUGGUUCAGUCUCUGUGGUGAAUCGAAGCCGCCUGGUGUGUAAACGUGGUUGAUGUUUCCAAACGAACGUCGCGUCUCGUCUGUCUUGUAAAAUAAAAUAAACUUCCCUCUU